CUUAGUAUCUACGACUUCAAGAACGUGUACGUGAUACUCAAUCCCUUUCAUUUUUCAAGUACAAGAUCUUUGUUUACGGUAUAAUAUUUAUUUUUAACUUUUGAUUCAAUCAUUAUCAUCUUACCUACAUAUAGAAAACUUUUUUUUGAUUUAUAUUGAAAUUUUUAUAAUAAUUUAUAAAAAAAUUAUAAUAAUUUUAUAUAAUUUUAUAAUUAAUAUAAUUAUAAUAAUUUUAUUUCAAAAUUUGACUUAAAAAAUUAUUAAAAUUUAUAAAUAAUAAUAUAAAUUUAUAUUAUAUUAAUUUUUAUUUAAAUUGUUAAUUUUAAUAUUUUAUCAUAACAUUCAUUAUGAAUAAAAUAAUUAUAUUACUACUUGGAAUUCUAAUUGUCGAAUUUAUCACUGAAACUGUAACUAUGUACAUUGAAAAAAAAUUAUUUGCAAACGUCGACUUGAUACCUCAUAAUGCUCAAAACAGAAACGUAACGGGUAAACUAACUAUUGUUCAAAAUGAUGAUAAUUCUGUUGUUAUUACUGGAAAAAUAUGUGGACUUUCAAUGAAUGGGUUACAUGGUUUUCAUAUACAUGAAAAAGGAAAUUUACAAAAUGGUUGCACAUCUACUGGCUCACAUUUUAAUCCUGAGAACGUUACCCAUGGUGGACCAAAUAGCUUAAUAAGACAUGUUGGUGAUUUAGGUAAUAUUCAAACAAAUAUUAAUGGUGAAGCAGAUGUGUACAUCAAAGAUUUCAUUAUUUCUUUGACUGGAAAGAAUAGUAUUCUUGGACGUGCAAUAGUUGUUCAUUCUGACGAAGAUGAUUUAGGAAAUGGGAACAGUCAUCUUUCUAAAACCACUGGAAAUUCGGGAAGUCGUUGGGCUUGUGGUAUUAUCGGAAUUAACUAGAUUUCACUGAAUUUGAUUCAUUUGAUUUUAUAUUUAAAAUUUAGAAUUUAGAUUAAAGAUUCUUAAAUAUUUUAUAAUUUUUCAUAAAUAAAAUGAAAUAUAAAAUUUAAAAUAACAAUAAUAAACUUCUAUAUUUGUUAUAUUAUAAUAUUCAAUUAUUACCAUUAUUAUUAUCAAACAAUAUCUAUGUUAUAUUUCUUCAUAUUUAUAACAUUAAAUAAUUAAUAUUAUAAAAAAUAUUUAAGAAUUUAUUAUAUUUAACAUUAAUCUAUUAUAUUUAUUACUAUAUUUAAUUUGUAUAAAAAUAAAUUAAUAAAUCCAAAAA